AUGUUCAAGCCCUCGUCGCCUCUAUUCUCAGGUCUUCUCUGGAAGAUCCCAUGGCGCAUCUCGCAACCCCAGAAGGCAAGACAACGCAAGCGUCUUCGCUCCGUUGACCGGGUGAUCGACACAGUCAGUGCCGCUUUGCAGCGAAAUGGACAGAGCACACACUCCGUUGAGCGGUGGUUUACCGAGAUGCCUCGCGAGGAGGAAAUGUUGCCCAAGGACAAGUACACAAUUUUCGACAAGAAGGAGAAGAAGUAUCGCAAGGGAAUUCACAAACUUCCCAAGUGGACACGAGUCAGCCAGCGAGUGAACCCCCCGGGUUUCUAA